GGGGGGGCAUGGUUGGCCUGGUUCAAGAGAAUCAGAAUUUUGAUUUCAUAAGCAACCCACCUUGAAAGUGCUUGUAACCUUAUAAAGCAGCACCUCAGCUAUCAGAGAAAGUUUGUGAUACAAGCAAACGAUAAAGUAUGAAACAGAAUAGCUUCAUUUGGCAGCCUUCUGUUUCUUCGUAGCCAUUCCAUUUAUGAUUCACUCCCGCUCUACUCUCUUGUUGCUGAAUUAAUCUCCCUUUAUAAAUUCCGUUCUCUACGUACCAUUUCUUUUGCACUGUACAGAAGCAAAGAAUUCAUAUAGACAGAGAAAGAGAGUGUUGCUGUAUAGGUUGGUAACAUUUAUACAGAGGAAGGAGAGGGAAGAUGUCGGAUUGGGGUCCGGUGUUUGUAGCGGUGGUGCUGUUCGUGCUGUUAACACCAGGUUUGCUAAUUCAGGCACCUGGUCGCAACCGAUUCGUUGAGUUCAGCAACUUUCAAACAAGUGGUGUGUCCAUACUGGUUCACUCUGUUGUCUACUUCGCCCUCAUGUGUAUCUUCCUAUUAGCCAUUGGAGUCCACUUAUAUAUGGGUUCCUAGUAAGCCAUUUCCUUUUAUGCUUUUCUGGUUGUGUCAUGGGUGGUUGUCAUUUGUCUUGUGUCGUUACGUUGGUUUUGGCUUGUGCUUCCAUAACAACUUAUGAUGUGAUCUGAUGUAUAAUCUAUUUUGAGAGCUCUUGUUUUUACGUAAUUGCUCUCUUUUUACUCGUGUGAGAUGUAUGAUCUGAUGAGAAUUAAGACAUAAUAAUAUUCA